AUGUCAGCGAAUGGGGCGGUUGUUCGAAGAAACCGUAAGACGAAUGAGUACUCGAUAACGCGACAGUGUUUCACCGGUGAGGUACUCGAAAGCACCUACUUCUUGCCGAUGCUGUUUUACGUUUACCGUCCGUCGCUCGGCGGUUCGCGUUCGUUUACACUCGAUGACACGCACUUUACGUCGCUGAUCAUGCAGAGCGGUGAACAUCACGCGAUGGUCACCUGGCCGCUCGAGCAGCUGACCACAUCCGGUCGGUUUGGAUCGGUCAACGCUGACGGCAAUUCUCAGAGCAAAAGCAGCAUUGAUCCGUUUCGGUGA